AUGUCCACCAAGUUCCACAAAGCGCCCCCUUUCAGGGCAGAGCACAUGGGCUCUCUCCUUCGCCCUCAGAAGCUCCUCGAUAUUCGCGAAGGCAAGAUCCGUGAUCAGGGUCUGUCCGAGGAGGAAGCCGGUCUUCCCGCCGUCGAGAAGGAGUCUGUCGCCGAGGUCGUCCAGCUGCAGCGCGAUCUGGGCAUCAAGGGCGUCACCUCGGGCGAAUUCAACCGCACCCGUUUCUGGGGCCUCAUGUGGGAUGAGUUCGAAGGCUCUACCCGCUUGCAGGAUGCCGAGGCCAGCAUGUUCCGGCUGUACCACCCCGACGUGGUGAGCCUUAUCGAGAAGGACCGCAAGGUCAUGCCCGGCGACUCUGUCAUCGCCGGCGGAAAGCUGUCUCACUCGCCCUCAAAGUCCAAGUCCAACUUGCAUGAGCUGCGUUUGGUGCAGGCUGCCCUGCCGAAAGAAGAGUGGAAGGACAUCAAGUUGACCAUGAUCACGCCAGCUUGGUUCCACAUGCGCUACAAGCAGGGCAGAGCAUACACCAAGGAGGCGUACGCCAACGAUGCUGAGUACUUCAAGGAUGUUGCCAAGGUUUACCAGGCCGAACUCCAGCAGCUUUACGACGCUGGCUUGCGCAACGUUCAAUUCGACGACCCCGGCAUGGCUUACUUCUGUUCGCAACAGUUCCGCAAAGGCUGGGAGGAGGACAAGGACAAUGAAGGCACCGUUGAAGACCUCCUUGACGCCUACAUUGCUCUGUACAACGACACAGUCAGCAAGCUUCCCGAAGACAUGCACACCGGUAUUCACCUGUGCCGCGGCAACUUCAUCGGGGGCCGCCACUUCGCCGAGGGUUCUUACGACAUCAUCGCCAAGAAGCUCUUCCAGAACCUCAACGUCAACACAUUCUAUCUCGAGUACGACACCGAGCGCGCCGGCGGUUUCGAGCCCCUCCAAUUCCUCCCUAAGAAUAAGAACGUCGUUGUGGGUAUCAUUAGCACCAAGAUCCCCAAGCUCGAGGAUAAGGAGGAGAUGAAGGCCCGCGUUCUCAAGGCUGCGGAGUACGUCGCCAAGGGAAGCGGUGAGACCAAGGAGGAGGCGCUCAAACGUAUCUGCGUGUCUCCCCAGUGCGGUUUCAGCACGCAUGAGAGCGGAUACCCGUUGAGUUUGGAGGACGAGAAGAGCAAGCUUUCUUUGAUUAGGAAGAUUGCUGACGAGAUUUGGGGCGAGGCGUAA